AUGUCGAACUUUCCUGCUGCGAGUCCCUCCAUCUGGGUCGGCGGUUUGGACCCCAACCUUAACGAGCAAAAGCUCUACGACCACUUUGUACGCCUUGGCCCAGUUGCCUCCGUGCGUGUCUGUGUGGACUCUGUCACGCAGAAGUCACUUGGCUAUGGUUACGUGAACUUCCAGAACCCUGCGGAUGCCGAAAAGGCGCUGGACCAAGCCGGCGUUAAACUCGGUUCGAAGCACAUCCGCAUUGCCAAGAUUCAACGUGAUCCUUCUAAGCGGCGCAGCGGCGUGACGAACAUCGUAGUGAAGAAACUUCCACCGUCCGUGGACACCUAUGCCCUUAAGGAAAUGUUCUCCAAGUACGGGCGUCUCACAGCCAUUGGUCUCGCAACAAACGAGAAUGGCGAGUCCCGUGGUUAUGCCCGCAUUUCCUACGAAAAGGAGGAAUCUGCCAUACAAGCGGUUCAGGAGGUAAACGGAAUGGUUAUCGAUGACUGCGCUAUUACUGUGGAACGCUACCAACCACACCAUCGUGAGGAGCAGUUGAAGCAAUUUACAAACCUUUAUGUGAAGAACCUUGACCCCUCCGUUAAUGAUGAGAAGUUGAAGGAAGUGUUCUCCGCUUUUGGUGAGGUGACGUCCGCCAAGGUUCGUGACCUUGGCGCAAACCAGACAGUCGGAUUUGCCUACGUCGCGUACGCCACUCACGAAGCUGCCGCCAAGGCUGUCGAGGAACUCGACGAGAAGGAGAGUCCAUUGGCUAAGGAAGGGAUGAAACUGAGUGUCUGCCGCUUCCGCUCUCGAGAUGAACGUCAGCGCGAGCGCGAACGUCUGCGCCGCGAGCGUCAACAACAACACAGCAAGUACCCGAACCUUUACGUCAAGAACUUUGACGAUACUGUCACCAGCGAGCGCCUGAAGGAGCUGUUUGAGCGCUGUGGCGAGACUGUUUCUGUCAGUGUUAUGAUGGACCGGGCCACUAGGGUAUCCCGGUGCUUUGGCUUUGUUUCUUUUAAGGAGCAGAGUGCGGCGAGCCGUGCCAUCCAGGAGCUUCAUGGAAGCACGGCCCUUGGGCCGCGUCCACUUUUUGUGACAUAUGCCCUCCGCAAGGAUGCUCGUCGCCAGACACUGGAAGACAUGCGUAACAAGCAGCCACGUAUGCGUCAGCCGCCUAUGGGAAGCCUGAUGGGUGGCAUGAUGGGACCACAACUUGGCUUCAUGGGACCGCAAGCAAUGUUUAACGGCGUUCCCUUUGUAAACCCUCGCAUGUCGAUGAUGCCUACACCGAUGGGAAUGGGUGGUCAGUUGCGACCAAUGGGCCCUACACCGAUGAAUCAAGUGCGGGCGCGCCCCAUGCCGCAACGUCCCCCAAUGCAGCCGAUCAUGGCGCCGCCUCCACAACCGCAGUCGUUGGCUUCACAGGGACAGAAUCUGUCGACGGUGCUUGCCAACCUGACUCCCGAGCAACAGAAGAAUGUUUUGGGAGAGCGUUUGUACAACCACAUUGUCGCUAUCAACCCUGCCGCGGCUGCAAAGGUGACUGGCAUGCUUUUGGAGAUGGAUAACGGCGAAAUUCUUAAUCUGCUAGACACACCCGGUCUUUUGGAUGCGAAGGUUCAAGAGGCUCUUGAAGUGCUGAAUCGCCACAUGAACGUUUAG